AUGCUUCCAGUAUCCAGUGACUGUGAGUUGCCUAUGAGUUCGCUGAAAUUUACCAAAGAACUGAGGGUAGUGUGCAGAUGGCCGUUGAGGAAACCAGCAAAAAGAAAAGAAAAAACAAAUCCUACACCUCAAAAGUACGAGGCUCUUUCGAUAUUUUCUCCUUUCAAUAAGGAUGCUAACAAACUAGUAAAUGUGUUCUGUUUCGAUAGAAUCUGUAUGUGUAGCGUUUUGCCUUGUGCCGGUUUGGAUAGAAAUCUUAUUUAG